AUGAGGACAAGGUUAAUCACGCUGAGGACAGCGUUCCUCACACUGAGGACAAGGUUCCUCACGCUGAGGACAAGGUUCGCUCACGCUGAGGACAAGGUACCUCACGCUCAGGACAAUGUUCCUCACACUGAGGAAGAGGUUCCCGACGCUGAGGACAAGGUACCUCACACUGAGGACAACGUUCCUCACGUUGAGGACAAAGUCCUCACGCUAAGGACAAAGUUCCUCACGCUGAGCACAAAGGUACCUCACACUGAGAACAAGGUUCCUGACGCCGAGGACAAGGUUCCUCAGGCUGAGGACAAGGCUACUCACGCUGAGUACAAGGUACAUCACGCUCAGGACUAGGUUCCUCACUUUGAGGACAAGGUUUCUCACUCUGAGGACAAGGUUCCUCACGCUGAGGACAAGGUUCCUCAUGAGGACAGGUUCCUCACGUGAGGACAAGUUCUCACUGAGGACAAGGUUCCUAGCUGAGGACAAGGUUCCUCACGCUGAGGACAAGGUUCCUCACGCUGAGGACAAGGUUCCUCACGCUGAGGACAAGGUUCCUCACGCUGAGGACAAGGUUCCUCAACUGAGGACAAGGUUCCUCACGCUGAGGACAAGGAUUCCCCAAGCUGAGGACAAAGUACCUCACACUGAGGAAAAGGCUCCUCACGCUGAGGACGAGGUUCCUCACAGUGAGGACUAGGUUCCUCACGCUGAGGACAAAGUACCUCACACUGAGGACAAUGUGCCUAACACUGAGGACAAGGUUCCUCACGCUGACGACAAGGCUCCCGAAGCUGUGGACAAAGUACCUCACACUGACGACAAGGUUCCUCAAGCUGAGGACACGCUAGGACCCUGAGGACAAGGAACCUCGCACGGAGGACAAGGCUCCCCACGCUGGGGAAAAGGUUCCUCACGCUGAGGACAAGGCUUCUCAAGCUGAAGACAAGAUAUCUCACACUGAGGACAAUGUACCUCACACUGUGGACAAGGUUCCUCACGCUGAGGACGGCGUUCGUCACGCUGAGGACAAGGUUUCUCAGGCUGAGGACAUGGUACCUCACGCUGUGGACAAGGUACAUCACACUGAGGUCAAGGUACCUCACACUGAGGAAAGGUUCCUCACGCUGAGGAUAUGGUACCUCACGCUGAGGACAAGGUACAUCACACUGAGGACAAGGUACCUCACACUGAGGAGAAGGUACCUCACGACUGAGGACUAGGUUGUCCUCACGCUGAGGACAAGGUACCUCACACUGAGGACAAGGUCCUCAAUGGGAUAAGGUAGAGAACAAUGUAACGCACACUCAGGACAAGGUUCCUCCCACUGAGAACAAGGCUCCUCACGCCCUGGACAAAGGUUCCUCACGCUAUGGACAAUGUACCUCACACUGAGGACAAGGUUUUUCACGCUGAGGACAAGGUCCUCACGCUCAGGACAAAGUUCCUCACGCUGAGGACAAAGUUCCUGACGCUGAGGACAAGGUACACACGUUGAGGACAAGGUUCCUUAAGCUGGGGACAAGGUUCCUCACGCUGAGCAGAAGGUACCUCACAGAGGACAAAGUUCCUGACGCUGAGGACAAGGUACACACGUUGAGGACAAGGUUCCUUAAGCUGGGGACAAGGUUCCUCACGCUGAGCAGAAGGUACCUCACACUGAGGACAAGGUACGUCACACUGAGGACAAGGUUCCUCACGCUGAGGACAAGGUUCCUCUAAGUGAGGACAAGGUAGCUCAAACUGAAGACAGGGUACCUCACACUGAGGACAAGGUACCUCCCACUGAGGACAGGGUUCCUCACGACCGGGAAAAGGUUCCUCACGCUGAAGGCAAGGUUCCUCACGCUGAGGACAAGGUUCUGACGCUGAGAACAAGGUUCCUCAAGGUGAGGACAAGGUUCCUCACGAUUAGGACAAGGUACCUCACACUGUGGGCAAGGUUUCUCACUGAGACAAGGUUCUGACGCUGAGACAAGGUUCCUCAAGCUGAUGACGGCGAGGACAAGGGUUCUCACGCUGAGGACAAGGUUCCUCACGGUGAGCAAAGUACCUCACACUGAGGACAAGGUUUGUCAUGCUGAGGACAAGGUUCAUGACGGCGAGGACAAGGUUCUCACGCUGAGGACAAGGUACCUCACGGUGAGGACAAGGUACCUCACACUGAGGACAAGUUUCCUCAAGCUGAGGACAAGGUUCCUCAAGCUGAGGACAAAGUACCUCACACUGAGGACAACGUUCCUCAAACUGAGGACAAGGUUCCUCACGCUGACGACAAGGCUCCCCAAGCUGACGACAAAGUACCUCACACUGAGGACAACGUUCCUCAAACUGAGGACAAGGUUCCUCACGCUGACGACAAGGCUCCCCAAGCUGACGACAAAGUACCUCACACUGAGGACAAGGUUCCUCAAGCUGAAGACCAUCAGGACCCUGAGGACAAGGUACCUCACGCACAGGACAAGACUCGUCCCGCUGAGGACAAGGUUCCUCACGCUGAGGACAAGCCUGCUCAAGGUGAAGACAAGAUACCUCACGCUGAAGACAAAGUACCUCACACUGAGGACAAGGUUCGUCAUGCUCAGGACAAGGUUCAUGACGGCGAGGACAAGGCUCCUCACGCUGGGGACAAGGUUCCUCACGCUGAGGACAAGCCUGCUCAAGGUGAAGACAAGAUACCUCACGCUGAAGACAAAGUACCUCACACUGAGGACAAGGUUCCUCACGCUGAGGACGGAGCCUGCUCAAGGUGA